UUAAUGCUCUGUGGUCAGUUUAAAAGUAAAUUUUAAAAUGUAAAUAAACAUGGCGUGUGAAUCUGAUGAAUUCGAAGCAAAUAUUCACAAUUUAAGGACUGCUGUACGGAAAUCUUUCGCACGUAUCUAUGCCAGUUUAAAAGCCAGAGAACUGAAGACACUGCGGCAACUUGAUGCUAUCCGCAAACAAUGCCAAGAUGACAAAGACUUGAAAAGGAAUUGUGCUAAGAAUAUUGAGAUUAAAUAUGAUAAUGAGUCCGUGCUUUUAGAAAACAUAAGUAACUACGGUAUUAUUGAUUUUGAGAAGCUUAAUUUUGAUAGUUCUACAUUUACACUAGAAGAUUACGUUAGUCCUAAUGAUGAUCACAUGUACUCUUACAAAACUAUCGAAGACGUAACAAAGGAAGAGGAUAAUAUUGACUUGGAAGCGAUAGAAGAGGCUGCUUUGAAAGAAGUGAUUUCUACGGAUGAUUGUGUAUGUUUUGUAACUGUUCAAACAGAAGAUGUCUCAAAAAAAUUUAGAAAUUUGGAUACUGAUGUUAUGCCAAUAAAUUUAAUCAUUAAAGAAAAUAAUCACGUAUGUGAAAAUAACGAGAGUGAUAGUUCUGAAAAAGUUGAAGAUGAAAAAUGUGAAUUGGAUUCAGAAAUUAAGAAAAUAAACCCUACAGAUGAUUGGUUAAAUUCAAUUAAAAGCCAAACGGAGACUGAACCAUCACAAGUCACUGAUGUUAUGGAACACAGCACAAUAACAUGUACAUAAUGCAAGCUAAUUAGGUAAUUUUACAUAAUUUUAGUAACAUAAGAUAGAUGAAAUAAAUUUUAUAUUUUUCAAGUA